GAGAGCAGAGCGAUCCAUGAGCAGGGCCUGAGGGGAGUGCAGCAGGCCCUGAUGUCAAUCAUCACGUCGUCAGGGCAACACAGACUAGCCCCGCCCACAGAACAGCUUGCAGCCUAUAAUGCGCAGGUUGGUCCUCAGAUCGAGGACACGUCAGAUCUGGAGUGGACGGACACCAGCUCCAAACCCCAGUACUUAGUGGGGCAGGAGGUCCUGUACCUUCACCCCUCGGAGAGCUAUAACAUCCACUGGCCGAUGUCAUGUGGUCAGCUAAACCUGCACAGUGGCACAGGAGGAUCUCUCACAGCAGUUCUGGCAGACCUUGAGACCAUCUGGACAACCGCCAUCGAGAAGUUCCUGGACAUUCCUGUCAAGGACCUCAAACACUAUAGAUGCAUCCUGCUUGUCCCUGACAUCUACAACAGACAACACAUCAAGGAACUGAUCAAUCUGCUACUGAACAGGCUGGGAUUUUCUGCAGCCAUCGCACAUCAGGAGUCGGUAUGUGCGACGUUUGGCAGCGGUGUGGCCAGCGCCUGUGUGGUGGACGUCGGGGACCAGAAAACAGCCGUGUGCUGCGUUGAGGACGGACUCUCCCACAGAAACUCAAGACUGUGGCUGGACUACGGCGGCAGGGACGUAACCCGAUCCCUGGAGUGGCUUCUGAGGAAAACCAACUUCCCAUACAAGGACUGCAACCUGCUGGACCGGCUGGACUGUCAGCUGCUGCAGGAGCUCAAGCACUCCUCCUGUCAUCUCAAUAAGGACCAGUCUGGAGCCAGGCUGCAGGAUGUCCAUGUGCAGAGGCCGGACACAUUCAGCCGGCGCUACCAGAUCAGGGUCGGCGAGGAAACCAUACAGGCCCCCAUGGGUCUGUUCUACCCGCAGCUGUUUGGGCUGGUCGGCGGCAGUCUGGUCCACACCCAGCUCAGGAACCAGGGAGACCCGGAGGACAUCCACGACGAACACUACCUGCUGCAGACACAGAGCACACAGCAACAGGUAGCCAAGGCUGUUGCGGAGAAGAAGGCCAAGGCUAGCAGCAAGCACGGCGGCGAAGCUGACAAAACCUCGUCCGACCCCAAACCUAGUCUGGAGCCCAGGCACAAGCGGGCGCGCGAGGACGCAGGGGGGUCUUCGGAGGCUAAGCAUCGCAGGGGGGCGGUCAGGCUACCCUCCGCAUCCAGGAGGGGGUCAGAACCCGCCCCCCUGAAGCUGAUGGGAGUGGACCAGGCUAUUCUGCACAGUAUAGAGUGCUGUGCUUCUGACGAAACCAAAAAGAAGAUGUUCUCGUGCAUCCUGGUAGUGGGAGGGGGGCUGAAGUUUCCGGGGGCCCAGAAUUUCCUGCUACACAGGGUCAGGGCCCAGCUGCCUGCCAAGUACCGCAACAUUGCCGACACCAUGGAGGUCAUCACCAGGCCAAAGGACCAGGACCCGCAGAUGGUGUGCUGGAAGGGCGCAGCCGUGCUGGCCUGUCUGGACACAACCCAGGAGCUGUGGGUCGGGCAGCGCGAGUGGCGCAAGUUCGGCAUCAGGAUCCUCAGGGAGAGGUCGCCCUUCGUCUGGUAGUGAGAGUUGGAGGGUCAGAGGUCACCAUUUGUGUCAAUUCUGCUGUGGGUCAGAGGUCACCAUUCGUCUGGUAGUCAACUCUGCUGGAGGUUAAAGGUCAUCAAUUUUGGGGAAGUCAACUCUGAGGAGGGUCAAAGGUCACAAAGUUUGCUGUGGGUCAGAGUUCACUGUGGUAGUCCACUCUGCUGUGGGUCAGAGGUCACUUUAUGGUAGUCAACAGUGUACAGGGUCAGAGGUUACCAUUUGUGUGGUAGUCGACACUGCAAAGGGCCAGAGGUCACUCAUCGUCAACAGAGGUCACCGUUUCUGUGGCAGCCAACAGUUUGUAACAAGUUUGUAACAAUGAACAUCCAUAGAGAGGUUGUAGUCAACUCAUUGUGUAGCAAACUUGACUGUUUGUGUGAAAAAAAAC